GGGAGCGGCAGGAGCGGGUAACGAGGAGCUCGGGCCGCCCGGGACGCGCUGCCCGCGGGGGAAACGCUUCGUGCUGGGGGAGGAAAGGCUCGGAGACGCACCGGCUCCAUCCAGCCGCUCCCUCCGGGCUGGGAGGGAACGAGGGAGCCGGGGAGCAGCGGGCGGAGAAGCGGCGGGGCACAGCCGGAGCGCCCCGGGGCCGCUCCCGGUGCUGGUACCGAUCCCGGUGCCACUCCCGGGGCCGCUCCCGGUGCCGGAGCCGAUCCCGGUGCCACUCCCGGGGCCGCUCCCGGAGCCUCUCCCGGUGCUGGUGCCACUCCCGGGGCCGCUCCCGGUGCUGGUUACGAUUCCGGUGCCGCUCCCGGUGCUGGUACCGAUCCCGGUGCCGCUCCCGGAGCCUCUCCCGGUGCCGGAGCCGCUCCCGGUGCCGCUCCCGGAGCCGCGGAGCAGCAGCAGCAGCAGCAGCAGCAGCAGCAGCAGCAACGCUUCAAAGUGAAAUUCCGGAGGAAAUUUAAAGAGCAUCCGGAUCCGGAGAAGGACAGAAAGAAAGAGGAAGGGGAGAAGGAGGAGGAGGAGGAGGAGGCGGCGGCGAGGGAGGAUCGCGAGCGGCGGAACCGGCGGGGAUGGGCAGGGAAUGAAUCCCUGUGGAGGCAGCGCUGGGAAGGAGCCUCAGAGCAGCUGAGAGGCCCCUGAGGAGGAGCUGCUGGAGGAGGGGACACCCCAAAAACUGCACGGGCCUGUAGCCUCCUGCCCUGACUAACAAAUGUCAACAACUCGGGAGCAGCCAAUCUUCAGCACCAGGGCCCACGUGUUCCAGAUCGACCCUGCCACCAAGAGGAACUGGAUCCCGGCCAGCAAGCACGCCCUGACCGUCUCCUACUUCUACGAUGCCACGCGCAGCGUCUACAGGAUCAUCAGCGUGGGGGGCACCAAGGCCAUCAUCAACAGCACCAUCACCCCCAACAUGACCUUCACCAAGACGUCGCAGAAGUUCGGGCAGUGGGCCGACAGCCGGGCCAACACCGUCUACGGGCUGGGCUUCGCCUCGGAGCAGCACCUGAGCCAGUUUGCAGAGAAAUUCCAGGAAGUGAAGGAAGCAGCUCGUUUGGCCAGGGAGAAAUCCCAGGAUAAAACCGAGCUCACCAACCCUGCCCUGAGCAUCACAUCCCACCAGGUUCUGCCCAGCCCCAUCAUCAGCUCCAACGGGCCGGGGGAGGAUAAACUGUUCCGCAGCCAGAGCGCUGAUGUGGAGAUAACCACGGAGAAGGAGAGGCUGAAGAAGAUGCUCUCCGAGGGCUCGGUGAGCGAGGUGCAGUGGGAGGCCGAGUUCUUCAGCCUCCAGGACAACAACAACAAGCUGGUGGCCGCCCUGCACGAGGCCAACGCCAGCGUGGAGCAGUGGAAGAAGCAGCUGGCGGCGUACCAGGAGGAGACGGAGUCGCUGCGCCAGCGGGUGGCAGAGCUGGAGGCGCAGGGGGCUCACGAGUCCUGCAGCGAGAACAGCAAGGAGGAGCUGAGCCAGACCCUGGAGGAGCUGGAGCUGCUGCUCAAGGCUAAAGACGAGGAGAUCCAGAUGCUGAAGAGCCAGAGGUGCGGGCGCUGGGAGGCCGAGGGGGAGCGCGAGGAGACGCUGCAGAAGCUGCAGGAGCUGGAGGCCCGGAACGCAGAGCUGGAGCGGCGCCUGCAGCUGGCAGAGCAGAGCCUGGCAGAGAGCCUGGCCGAGAGGGAGAAGAUGCACCACGAGGUCACCAAGGUGGCCGAGGUCAUGGAUGUGAAGGUCUUCGAGCUCAGCGAGCUCCGGCAGGGCCUGGCCAAGCUGGUGGAGAGCAACUGAGCAGCAGCAGAGCCCCCUCGGGGCGGGGGCAGCCUCGGCUGGGGCCGGGCACCGCCGAGAGCUUCUGUGGGCACUGAGAGCUUCUGUGGGCACUGAGAGCUUCUGUGGGCACCACCGAGAGCUUCUGUGGGCACUGAGAGCUCCUGUGGGCACUGAGAGCUUCUGUGGGCACCGAGAGCUCCUGUGGGCACUGAGAGCUUCUGUGGGCACCACCCAGAGCUUCUGUGGGCACUGAGAGCUCCCCUGGGCACCGAGACUUUCUGUGGGCACCACCCAGAGCUCCUGUGGGCACUGAGAGCUUCUGUGGGCACUGAGAGCUUCUGUGGGCACCACCCAGAGCUCCUGUGGGCACCCAGAGCUCCUGUGGGCACCAAGACCUUCUGU